AUGAUGUUUCGAGCCCGACGGUACCGGGUCUUCCUGGUGUUUGCGACCAUCUUCGUGCUCGCCUUCAUACACUUCGCCCGAUCUCGAGAACAGUCCCCCUCACCCAUCGAUCGCCACCCUGCCUCGUUCUCUCCGAAUUCGCCCGCUGCCGACACAGUCGACCACCAGGACUCCGCCCCAAUUGCCCCCCCUCCUUCUCCUCCUACUCCCGAUCUCAGCUCCGAACAGCACUCUACCGAAGAGGUCCAGGACCCCACUAUCGAAACUCCCGCUGAUAUCCGCCCAUCGCCCUCGGCGGAGGCCCCCAAACCAUCGAGCGAUGCAGCAGUCAAUGAGGACGAGGAGGAGAGCCAGUCCGCUCCGCUCCGCUCCAAAUUGGGGGUCCAGAAACAGGAGGCGCUGGAAGUAGAGACCCCCGAAGCGACCUGGCCACACCCUCACUGGAAGAAGCUGCCAGAGCAUUACCCCGUGGCGUCAGAGGACCUGAUCCGGUUGCCAACCGGCCAGCCGAAGGAGCUCCCGAAACUGCAGGCGGAUUUCAAAGACGAGUCCUCCGCCGACAAGAUGCAGCGUGUACAGAGACUGUCCGCCAUCAAGACCACUUUUGAACGUGCAUGGACCGGCUACAAGACCUCCGCCAUGGGCCACGAUGAAGUCAGGCCCCUGCGCGGUGGGUAUCGCGACCCAUUCAAUGGCUGGGGGGCCACCCUGGUGGACUCCUUGGAUACUCUCUGGCUCAUGGAAUUGAAGGAGGAAUUCUCUCUUGCGGUGGACUACAUCAAGACGAUUGACUUCACGACCACCAAGAAGAAGGAAAUCCCGCUCUUUGAGACCGUCAUUCGUUACCUCGGUGGCCUGCUCAGCGCGUACGAUAUCUCGGGGCACAAGUACGACGUGCUGCUGGAGAAAGCGGUCGAGCUGGCUGAGGUUCUCAUGGGCGCUUUCGAUACGCCGAACCGCAUGCCAGGGCUCUUCCACAGAUGGGCUCCGGUCAGCAUGGCACUGCCUCGUCGUGCAGAUAAGAAGGCCGCGCUCGCAGAACUCGGCUCUCUCUCUGUGGAAUUCACUCGCCUGGCCCAACUGACCAAGGAAGACAAGUACUACGAUGCAAUUGCGCGUGUUACGAAUGAACUCGAGAAGUUCCAGGACAACACUCAGCUUCCUGGCUUGUGGCCACUCAGAAUCGACGCUUCUGGUUGCAGGAAAUCCCAAACCCACGUUGAUCACGAGGCCCCGCGUGGCCAAUCGCCCGCCGAGACCCCGUCCAGUUCUGCUCAGUCCAAGCCCAGCUCGACCAUGAAGGCUUUGCCGACUGACGCCCAGAGCUACGAGGAGUUUCUGGAGCCUCGCGACAGCAGGUCCCUUCAUGAUGAUGCCCAGCCGGCUGGGUACGGUGGUGUCUCUGCGCAGCCGUACCCCAACUCGGAGAGCGAAUACCGGGCGUCUUUCGAGCAGCAAUCCCCCGAGGCGCAGUGCCGAGAAGGUCUUACCGCCUUUACCGGUGAAAGCGAGAAGUAUGGCCUGGGUGCUCUCGCAGAUUCAACCUACGAGUACCUGCCUAAGGAAUACAUGCUUCUAGGCGGUCAGAAUGAGCAGUAUCGUACCAUGUAUGAAAAGGCCAUCACGGCGGCGCGCGAACGUCUGGUCUUCCAGCCCAUGGUCAAGAAUAACCGCGACAUUCGAUUCCUGAGCACUGUCAGCAUGCCCAAGGAUCAUGGCCAUGUGCGGACCACAUAUGACGGCGAUCACCUGUCGUGCUUUGCCGGUGGCAUGGUUGCUGUGGGAGCCAAGAUCUUUGGCAUUGAAAGCGACAUGGAACUUGCCCACCAACUGACCGACGCUUGCGUGUGGGCGUAUGAGUCCACCAAGUCCGGAAUCAUGCCUGAGCACUUUUCCCUUGUUCCAUGCAAAAAGGGAGAGAGCUGUGAAUGGAACGAGACGGCCUACUACAAGGCCCUCGACCCGAACAUGCAGGAGCGGCUCGCCCGGGCCAUGGCACGGAAGGAAGAAAGGAGGAAGAAGAAGGAGAAGGAGGAGGCCCUGGCGGACGCUGAAGGUUCUGGCUCCAAGAAGAAGAAUUCCAUCGGCAAGCGCGAGCGCGGCAAUUGGCAUGUUGUCGCGAACUCGGAUGGGAAGUCCGCCAAAAAGGACGAGGCCGAGGCGGAGGCCGAAAACGAGGACUCGGAUGAGGACGAAAAGAUUCCCUCCCACGAGGAGUUCGCGACGGCCCGGAUCCGCAACGAACGGCUGCCACCCGGCAUCACCAUGCUCGUGAACCGCAAGUAUCUCCUGCGCCCCGAGGCCAUCGAGUCGGUGUUCAUCAUGUUCCGCCUGACGGGUGACGAAUACUGGCGGGAGAAGGGGUGGGAGAUGUUCGAGGCCGUGUCCAAGUACACCCGCACGGAGCUGGCCAACUCGGAGAUCGACGACGUGACGGUGGAGACGCCGACGAUGCUGGAUGAGAUGCAGUCGUUCUGGCUGGCGGAGACCUUGAAGUACUUCUAUCUGCUCUUCAGCGACCCGGGGGUCCUGAGCCUGGACGAAUAUGUGCUCAACACGGAGGCGCACCCGCUGAGGCGUCCGCAAUACUAA